ACUGAACUGUUGGGCCGCAAACUUGUUCCGAACGACACGGUGAAAGAUUGACGAGCGUAGAUGACGUCGGAGGAGUUGCUUGUUUAAGUGGUCGCAGUCUUCGAGCGGUGCUUCACCGUCCGAUAUCAGUUAGUAGUUCAGUCUUCACGAUGGCUUCGUACGAUUACGUUCGACGCGUUUGGAGCGGUCCGCGGCAGCCGUGCAUUUUUAACCCGGAGUGCAACUUUGGUCAAAUUGUGCUGAACCUGUUGGAUAGAUCAUCCGAAAAAGUGGUCCAGAUUGAUGCUGACACGGGACGCGAAAUGACCCGCGCCGAAAUGCGACUCCGAGUAGUUCGGGCGGCACAGCAUCUACAAAAGCUUGGCUACCAAGUGGGCGAUAUCGCAUCGGUAGUGGCAGUGAAUAGUGAAAACUUGGCGCCGCUGGUAUUAGCACUGCAAGUGAUUGGCGUCGGAUUUAACGCACUGGCGCCCAGCUUCGAUGCAGACGAAAUAGCACACAUGCUGCGGCAAACGCAGAGCAAAUUGCUGUUUUGCGACGCUGAAAAUUACGACACGGUGAAGGUCGCCGCCGGCAAGGCGCUAGAGGGCGAUUACAGAAUCUACGUGAUGGAAGGCGCACAGGAGCCGACUCUGGCCGUCGAUCAGCUGUUUAAGCCGACGGGAACGGAGCGCAUGUUCUAUCCUCGAUAUCUGGGAGAUUCGUACAAAUUGGUCGCAAACAUUACUUGCUCAUCAGGAACCACUGGUCUACCAAAAGGAGUCUGCAACUCACACGCCCAGACUAUCUCAGGGUUUUGCAAAGUUGUCAAUCACGACGAAGGCAUCUGUCUCAACUUCAGCACCCUCUACUGGGGUACCGGGGUCUACGUACUCAACAUGUCCAUCAUGAACGAUUCCACACGCCUAAUUACGCGACGACCGUUUUCGGUGGAUUUGUUCUACGAGCUGAUCGCACGGUACCCGAUCAAGUUCUUUUACACACCGGCAUCGUACGCCUUGGGAAUCACCAGUGAUCCACGCUCGAGGGCGACGGACUUCUCCAGCAUUAAGGUAUGGGCAUUGGGUGCUUCGAGUGUUUCCGAGAGCAUUCGCGAUGCAGUGGAUGAGUUACUCAAAGCAAACGGAGGGCGGUCCUACAACUUUUAUGGAACUUCGGAAUGCGGAUUCCUGGCGGCUGAUUUCCUGAAACGGAAAGCAAACGCCGUGGGGAAGGUUGCGACAAACAUGCAAGCGCGGAUAGUAGACGAAGAUGAGCAGCCACUGGAGAUGAACCAGGUGGGGGAGUUGGUGGUGAAGUCUGUUGGAAUUCCAUUUUUGGGUUAUUACAAAAACGAAGAAGCAUCUCAAGAAGCAUUGGACAAGGAAGGGUGGUUCCGCACUGGUGAUAUCGGCUAUUUCGACGAAGAAGGUUACCUGUAUUUGGUGGAUAGAAAGAAAGACAUUCUGAAAUACAUGGGCAAUCAAGUGUCUCCUUCAGAGGUCGAAGCAGUGAUACAGCAAAUAGAUGGGGUAGAAAUGGUUUGCGUGACGGGAGUACCGAACAAAACCGGAACAUCGGACUUGGUAACGGCUGUUGUUAUCAAACAUCCAAACUCAACACUUACAGCUGACGAAGUAGUGAAAGAGGUGGCGAAUCACUUGAGUGAACCUAAGCAUUUACGAGGUGGUGUUUUGUUUGUCGAACAACUUCCAAUGACAUCCAACGGAAAGAUAAUGAGGCGAAAAGUACGGGAUAUCAUUCUACAAAAGCUUUCUUGAGAAUAAAUAAACAUCAUUCACAGUCGGUUUGCUGUGAAUCAUUCGAAAUAAUCCCUUGCCUGCAAACUCUCUGAAAACACAAAAAUCAUUUCAAGCUAACAACUGAUGAGUGAAUAAAAACCUAGCGCAUAAUAAAUUGAGCAAACAUA